UCCUCCCUUCUGAAAUCCUAUAUUAGCUGUGGCCAAAGCUGGGUAAGAAACACAGCUCAUUGUUGGCAAGUGCCGAUGAGCCUCGCGGAGGAGUGAAAAACAGCUUUGGGUCUGCGGCAGCGGCAGCAAUAGCAAUAAUAUCACCAUCACGUAAGCGCAGAGGAGAGAGCCAGGGAAGCCCUCUCUAUGCUGGGUGACUUUUACUGACUGAUUUCACCGACACCUUUGAAGCGACAGAAGAAAGAAGCAGGGAGGUGGGAAAUGGCAGACCACAUGAUGGCCAUGAAUCACGGGCGAUUCCCUGACGGAUCCAGCGGGCUUCACCACCACCCUGCCCAUCGGAUGGGAAUGGGUCCCUUUCCUACCCCCCAUCACCACCACCAGCAACAGCAGCAGCAGCACGCCUUCAGCGCCUUGAUGGGCGACCAUAUACAUUACGGAGCUGGAAAUAUGAACGCAACUAGCGGGAUCAGACACGCCAUGGGGCCCGGGAGCGUGAACGGAGGGCACCCUCCCAGCACCAUCGGCGGGCCGCCCGCCGGCCCCCACGGCCCCGCGGCAAUGCUGCCCCCCAAUGUCAUAGACACUGACUUCAUCGACGAGGAGGUCCUCAUGUCCUUAGUCAUCGAAAUGGGCCUGGAUCGCAUCAAGGAGCUGCCCGAGCUGUGGUUGGGACAGAACGAGUUUGACUUCAUGACAGACUUCGUUUGCAAACAGCAGCCCAGCAGGGUGAGCUGCUGAUUCAUUGAAAACAAACAAAGGACUUUCUAUCGGUGUGAAUGAAAACAUUCCCUUAGACACAGUGUCUCACUUUUCAGGGCUUGAAAAGGUGAGAAUCUGGAAAGCAGAGUAAACUAUGCGCUUGUAUAAAUUUUUUUUUGUUAAUGUCUGCCAUUUUUUUUUUUUUUUUUGGGGUAGCUUUGACACUCACCUCCCCUCCUGUAGGAAUAAUUUCUAGCUAACUCUGCCUUUUUAUGUUGUCCUCCCCCUGCCCUUCUCUCUCUUAAUUUCCUUGCAGUAACAUGCCCAUGAUUUCCACAGUGCUGAACUGUUAGAUAUUAAUCUUGGCAAAUUGCUUAAUCUUGUGGAUUUUGUAAACGAUGAUUUCCAAUGACUUGAACUGCAUUCAAAUUCUGAGUGAACAGGGGAAAAAAUUGCAUUAGUUGGUUGCAUGAACUUUGAAGGGCAGAUACUACUGCACAAAUGCUGCCAUCUUGCUUCAUUUUUUAACUAUGCAUUGCAGUGCAGACUAAUAAAUAUAUAUAUUUUUUUUUUUGAAUAUGCUAAACUGGAAGCUUAACAGAUGUGGGCCAAACCUUUCCGAAUCAGGAAAAGUAAUACUGUUACUUAAAGUCUGCUACCCAGUCCCCCUCCCCCAUAUGUACAGACAAUAAUAUGGUGUGGAUGGAAUGUUGACUAGUGGCAAACAUUUCACAGUUGGUUUUUUUUAAUUAUAAUUAUUUUGUUUCUGUCUUCAGCAUUUUGACACUGUGCUAAUAUAGUUUAUUCAGUACAUGAAAAGAUACUACUGUGUUGAAAGCUUUUCAGGAAAUUUUGACAGUAUUUUUGUACAAAACAUUUUUUUGAGAAAAUAUUGUUAAUUUAUUCUAUUUUAAUUUGCCAAUGUCAAUAAAAAGUUAAGAAAUGCUUUAGUUUUUCUAGAAGUCAUUUACCAGUAUUUUUCUUCAAAACUCUCCCCGCUGUCCCUGGUAAGUAGAACAUCUAUCUGUACAACUGUUGUUGGUGUUCAAAAAGACAUUCCAAAAUAGAAAGUACACUGCACCCAUAUAUAUGUCAUGGUGAACUCGGUAGGUGAGCAGGAUUUAAACAUACUUACAGCAUAAAGCCUCAUACGUAACAUUGUAAUAUGCCUGUCAGUGUGGUUUUAUGAAAAAUAAAGUUGCCAAGAUGCAACUUUUUCUGUGACUUGCCAACAUACUUGCUUUAAAUGUAGUUGUCCAGAGUUAUGAUGCAUAAAGUAUUUAUUAUAUUUAUCUAUUAAACUUGUAAUUUUAUAAAUCCUCUUUCA